AUCAAAACUGUACAGUGAUCUGUUUCGUAUCUUUUAAGUUUCGCUCAGUCUGAAGCUUCCUUGUAUUUGGAUUUCCCAAACGCCUUCUCUGUAGCCUACCACACCAGCGACAGCUAGGGUUUUCAGGUGGUCUUCUUCAAGCUCCACCAGAACAAGCAAGCGUCUACAAUGGCGAAAGCUUCAGCUGGAGCUACAAACCCGUACGCCAAGUCCGGGGUGAGAAUCGUGGUUGCCGGGGACCGAGGCACCGGGAAAUCGAGCCUGGUUGUGACGGCGGCGGCCGAGAACUUCCCGACGAAUGUGCCACCCGUGUUGCCGCCGACGAGGCUGCCCGAGGAUUUCUUCCCCGACCGUGUGCCCAUCACGAUCAUCGACACUUCGUCUCGUGUGGAGGAUGAUUAUAAAGUUGCCGAAGAAUUGAAGCGGGCUGAUGCAGUUGUGUUUACUUAUGCAUGUGAUGAACCUACAUCACUUGAACGAUUGAGUACUUUCUGGCUUCCAAAACUUCGUAAACUAGAGGUGAAAGUCCCAGUUAUAGUGGUAGGUUGUAAGCUGGAUUUGAGAGAUGAGAACCAGCAGGUGAGCCUGGAGCAGGUGAUGUCACCAAUAAUGCAACAAUUUCGUGAGAUUGAAACUUGCAUUGAAUGUUCAGCACUUAAACAAAUUCAGAUCCCUGAAGUUUUCUACUAUGCACAAAAAGCUGUGCUUCAUCCAACAGGUCCACUAUUUGAUCAGGAAACACAGACUUUGAGGCCCAGAUGUGUUCGAGCCUUGAAGCGGAUAUUUAUUCUUUGUGACCAUGAUAGGGACGGUGCCCUCAGUGAUGCAGAGUUGAAUGAUUUUCAGGUCAAAUGUUUCAAUGCUCCAUUACAACCUUCUGAAAUAGUAGGUGUUAAGAGGGUUGUCUCAGAAAAAUUGCCUGAAGGAGUCAAUGAUCGUGGGCUUACUUUGACGGGUUUCCUCUUUCUUCAUGCACUGUUCAUAGAAAAAGGGCGUCUUGAGACAACAUGGACUGUUCUAAGAAAAUUUGGAUACAACAAUGAUAUCAAACUUGCCGAGGAUCUCAUCCCAUCAACUUCCAAACGAGCUCCUGAUCAGACUGUGGAGCUGACAAAUGAAGCCAUUGAGUAUCUGAAGGGAAUCUUUGAAUUGUAUUGUAUCAGUCCUGAUGGGGAGCUGGGACCUCAUGAAAUUGGUGAUAUAUUUUCUACUGCUGCGGAAAGUCCUUGGGAGAGACAGCCAUACGUCGAUGUUGCACAGAAAAAUGCAUUUGGAGGGUUAUCUCUUGAUGCCUUUUUGUCAAUGUGGGCCUUUAUGACAUUUCUAGACCCAGCUUGGAGCAUGGAAAAUAUGAUAUAUGUCGGUUAUCCUGGUGAUCCUUUAUCUGCAUUCCGCGUGACUAGAAAAAGGCGUUUGGAUCGGAAGAAGCAACAUACAGACAGAAAUGUUUUCCAGUGUUUUGUGUUUGGGCCCAAGAAGGCUGGAAAGUCUGCAUUGUUGAAUUCUUUUAUUGGAAGGUAUUUUUCUGAUAAAUAUACUUCAUCCGCUGAAGAGCAUUAUGCAGUGAAUGUUGUUGAUGAACCUAGGGGGACAAAAAAGACCCUUAUAUUGAGAGAGAUACCUGAAGACGGAGUUGGUAAACUGCUGUCAGAUAAAGAAUCUUUGGCUGCUUGUGACGUAGCAGUGUUUGUGCAUGACAGUUCUAAUGCAUUUUCAUGGGAGAGAGCAACUGAGUUGCUGGUCGAAGUUGCUAGUCAUGGUGAAGAUACCGGCUUUGAGGUGCCUUGCCUCAUUGUGGCAGCUAAAGAUGACCUGGACUCAUUUCCCAUGGCCAUACAAAAUUCUACUAGGGUUAGUCAGGACAUGGGAAUAGAGGCUCCCAUACCUAUCAGUACGAAGUUGGGUGAUCUCAAUAAUAUAUUCCGUAGGAUCGUAAGUGCUGCAGAACACCCUCAUUUGAGCAUUCCUGAAACUGAAGCUGGGAGAAGCCGCAAGCAAUACCACAGACUUAUAAACCGCUCACUUAUGGUCUUUUCGGUUGGUGCUGCGGUGGCAAUUGUUGGAUUGGCAGCCUACCGUGUCUAUGCAGCAAGGAGGAAUUCUUCCAGUUAAGGGAUGAAAGUUUGCACAUCAAUCAGCUUAGUUUAGCUCUUCCUCUCAUCGUAUUUACGGUUGGGUUGUGCUACGUUUUGUUGUCUUCAAAAACCACCUUGUUGGGUUUUUGAGACAAGUUCCAUUUGUAGAGAAGUUGCAACCGAAAAUUAAAUCAUGCCCCUGAUCAUUUUCUGUCC